AUCACAUUUCCGGUGGUCAGAAUUUUCACUGUAUUUAAUAUCGCCUUGAUUAGCUGUACGGAUAAUGAAGGUGUUCUGCAUUUGCUAGACUUUAUUCUUAACCAUUUAAUAGUACACUUUCCCCCCUCCCAGAAGAUGGAGAAAUAAUACCACGCAUUUAAUAUAAGGUGGCUCCUGGCUGAUAGCCCUUUCAGAUUAUAGCAUGAAUCAAUAUCAACAGCAGCCUGGCCGAUCCAACCUGUACAGCGUCGUGAAAACUGAGAGCUCGCCAACUCCGCCCCUCGCCACCAGCAUGGCCAACAGCACUGCAGUUCCGGGGAAAGGCCUGGGAACCCCUGGGCCUGCUGGGAGAGUGAGUCCUGAAGGAAGUCAGGUCCUCAGUAAGAAGAAGCUGCAGGACCUGGUGCGGGAAAUUGACCCCAAUGAGCAGCUCGAUGAAGACGUCGAGGAGAUGUUGCUGCAAGUUGCUGAUGAUUUUAUAGAGAGUGUCGUGACAGCAGCCUGUCAGCUCGCCCGUCACCGCAAGUCUAACACUCUAGAAGUAAAGGAUGUGCAGUUGCACCUUGAGCGUCAGUGGAACAUGUGGAUCCCAGGCUUCGGCUCAGAUGAAAUCCGACCGUACAAAAAGGCGUGCACUACAGAAGCACACAAACAGAGAAUGGCACUGAUCCGUAAGACGACCAAAAAAUAGGAAGAAUACAGACGACUGAUGUUUCUUUUGCUCUAUGGGUUUUGUCAAAUGAGAAGAAUUAAUUUUUUUUGGUUUUGUUUUGUUUUUGGGGAAAAGCAGACUGAUGGAUGUGCCGUUAUCAGCUGCUUCUAAUAUUUUACUUUUACAGAUGUCAGAAACAUUUGCCCAAACUGUUCAUUUAAAAUGUCAUCUGUGUUCUGUUCUUGGAAUGAUUAAAAUAAACUAAACUGUUAUGAUCCUAAAAUCUUUAAUAGAUCUCAAACGCAGCACAAAAAAAACAAAAAAACAUGAUGACUGGAUCAGCUCACUGUGGCCAUUCAUAUAUUUAUAUAUUUUUAAACAUCUGUCAUGACGUCAUAAUCAUUACACCUUUUUAUAUUUCUUAUUUCUGGAGAACAUUAUCUCUUGGGCAAAUUAGAGCAUUUGAUUUUAAACAAACAGUUGAUUACAAUCUGUAGUUGUAUAGAAUAAACUUCUGGGCACACAGUGAGUUUGAUUCACAACGUAAAUGUGCACAAAAGGACGUCAAGCAAUUGAGUCAGAGAUGAUUUGGUCAUUACUUAGAAGGGAAAUAUAAGUUUGUGGCUUAAUAAGAAGAAUUGGGCACAGUUAACUUUUGUUAAAAUUGCUUUAUGUAUUUUUUUAUUUGCAAUGCCUUUGACAAAAUUGUUUUGCGAUGGCUUAUCUGCCCGUUUAAUGGCUCACUCAGUGUCUGUCAAAUUAAGGUGCUAUUAUUUGCUUCUACAGUAAACACUGAUACUCAAUUAACCUUUAACAUGUUGGUUGCAUAGCAAUUUAAAUUGCAUCCCAAAUUGCUAUUCUGUUCUAGCUAACUCAGCUAGGUUUUCCUCCUCAAUAUUCUUACUAAUAAAUCUGACAUUUUGUUUGCUUGGGUGAGUGAAUGUUAAUAUUCAUUUCUGUAAAAUAGCGCGCAGAAAUGCUAUUAUACGAUUGAUGGUAGUUGUGCUUGUCAUGGUGGUGUAUUGAGGCUUUCUGUAUUGGAGCUGUAUUAUGUUCCAUCAGGGACUUCACUAUAAUGCAGUACUUUUCUUAGUACUUUAACAUUGGUCUAUUGUAGGUUUUUUUUUUGCGCAUUAUAUUAAGUGUUCUACACGUUUGAUUUGCUUUGUGAGUGCAAAGUGUCACACACGGCAUGUGUUUUUGCAGUGUUUGUUGUAUGUAGUCCUGAUGUAGGAUUUGUUUCACAGUACUGCAGUCAUAGUGUUUAGCCAACAAUAACCACGGUUGUCAGAAGGUUUUUUUUCCCCGGGGGGGUUUGUAAAAUAAGCUUGUCUUUUUUUUUUCUUUCCCAAAAAUAAAAUGAUUUGACUAUC